ACCAACCCGAACAACCAAAUCACCAUGAAGUUCCUCAUCUGCUUGGCUCUCUGCAUCGCCGCCGCCCAGGCUGGUUACCUCGCAUCCCCGGUGGCCACUUAUGCCGCUGCUCCGGCCUACUCCGCCACCUACUCCGCCGCCGCUCCCGUGGCCUACGCCGCUCCAGUCACCACCUAUGCCGCUCCAGGCUACUCCACCUAUGCCGCUCCUGGCUACUCCACCUACGCCGCUGUGGCUCCCGCCUAUACCGCCUACAGGGCUCCCUUGGCCUAUUCCGCCUUCGCCGCCCCCGUCACCACCUACUCUGCUCCAGCCGUCGUCAGCUCCUUCCUGAAGAAGAAGUAA